AGUGUUCGCGCAGUGAUACACAGUUGGUUGGACUCCUCAUUGAUUAGUUCCCCAUCAGCGAUCGAUCCCAGCGGACUGAUCAUCGGCGGUCGGAUCAUGCUCGCAUCUUCGAUCCUCAGACUCUAUGUGCUGUGGGCCUUUGUGGGGGUCGCGACCUCUGUGACCAAGCCCGCCCAGAGGAAGGUUUCGGGUCGGCGGUCAAGACAGGUGUUUGAGGCGGAGCCUGUGGAGGGGGUGUGGUCAUUCUGGGGGGAGUGGUCGGAGUGCACGCAGACAUGCGGCGUGGGCGUCUCACAAAGAACCAGGAAGUGUUUACCGCCUCCGCCUCCACAAACCUCCCCCGUCGCUUUCCCGCAGCCCAGCUGGGCCGGGUAUGUACCCGGAGGCCCGGUCAUCGCCUCCAUGCGCCCUUACCAGCCUUCCCGCCAACACACGCCCCUCCAUUCCCCCUCAUCUAAUCCUCACAACCAGGGGGUGUCGUUGUAUCGUGACACCCCAACGACAGGGGGUGGAGGAGGGAGCGACCCGUCCUCACCUUUCUAUCCAGCGGAAUACCCGGCAUCCAGUCAGAACCGGGUGUCCGUCUACCGGUCCCCCUACCGCGCUCCUUCCCGGGGCUACAACGCGCAGACACGCACCGUCAGGAGGCCCACCAACCCAGCAGCAGCCAGGGGAGGAGGAGGGGGCAGAAGGUCCACCAGUAGGGAGGGCUUGCCUGUGAGAAGGUCUUCCUCCAUCCAACCGGGUCAGUUUGGCUACGGGAAGGUGCCUUUCUCUCUGCCCUUGCACCGACCCAGUCGUCAGGCUCGCCAUACUGCCAACGGUACGGACGCCAUUUCGGUUCCACUCGACGACGACGGCGGUGAGGAGGAGGACUCAGACAGGCCGGCUGCCGCCACCACCGCCGCUGCCGCCACGGCAACGCCACUAUUACACAGGAAGGCCAGAUUCCCGCCGGUUCCCCACUUUCCGCCUCCCCACUUCCCGCCUCCCCCCUCCUCAAGCGGUCACCGGCGAACGUUCGAUUGGCGCUCCGUCACAGCGCCGCCACCUCCCACUCCCCAACUCUCGCACCGUAACUCGCCCUCCGACGCCGCCGACGCCACUUUACCCUACUCUUACUCUCUUCACUGGCCCUCGCACAGAGAAAGGGCCCCCAACACGGGCUUUGGUCCCCAAACCCCACAGCCAGCCAAUGUCUACCCAUUCCAGCAUGCCCAUGGACCGCAUCAUGGAGGAGACGCCAUCAGACCGCCACCGGUCGUCAGAUGCUCGGGGACAGAGAAGGAAUAUCGCAGGUGCUUCUCUCAGGUAUGUGCCGGAGCAGCAGUGGACUCCCGCGCCGAGCAGUGCGCCGCCUUCAACAGCAAGGAGUUCAUGGAUCGCCUCUACAACUGGGAGCCUUUCACUGAGGUGGGUCCGGACAAGCAGUGCGAGCUCACCUGCAGACCGGCAGGCUAUCGCUUCUACGUCCGUCAAGCCGAGCAGGUGCGAGACGGGACGCCUUGCUUCAACGUCACCUCCAACGAUGUUUGCGUGGAAGGACGAUGUCUAACCGAGGGCUGCGACGGCACUCUGGGCUCCGGCUCUGUGAUGGACAAAUGUGGGGUCUGCGGUGGGCGGGACUCCUCCUGUCAAAGGGUGACGGGCAGCUUCCAAAAUGUCACGGUUCCCCUCGGUUACCACAAGAUCCUGGACAUUCCGGCCGGAGCCACCUUCAUUAACAUCACAGAGAGACGAGCCAGCCCGAACUACCUGGCCAUGAGGAGUGGAACUGGAGCUUCUGUUGUGAACGGGCGCUGGGCUGUAGACCCUCCGGGGGAAUACCAAGCUGGGGGGACUACCUUCACAUACGCCCGACCGAGGGUGCAGGCGGAGGGGGAGGAAGAGAAAGGAGAGUCCCUGAGGGCCCCGGGACCCACCAGCACCCAGCUCCAGCUCUAUAUUAUUUUCCACCAGCAGAACCCCGGCAUCGACUACGAGUUCUACGUCCCUGUGGACAAGAAGAAGAAGGAGGCGGAGAGGCCGGCAGACCGGGAGACACCCAGGGAGGCUUCCAGGGACAAGCUGUGGGAGCGGGAGCCAUCAAGGGCAUCCCUUCGCAGUCCCCUCACCGUGUCAGUAGAAGACCCUCCUCCUGCUCCUCCCCCGGUUUCCGUCCCUUCUUACCCCUCGUCCUCCUCCAUGUUUGUGCCCCCCUCGUCUGAACAAUGGGUUCCUGAGAGGUCGCGACCCCGGGCCAACGCGCCCAAUAGGAAUGCUCGGAUCCCGCCUCGCACCGACCUGCCGCUGGACACCCAGCCGCCUUUCGUGUGGAGGAGAGGCGCCCUCUCCGAGUGCUCCGUGUCCUGUGGCAAAGGUUAUCAAUCUCGGGAGAUUUUAUGCAUCAACCGCCACAACGACGAGGUGGUCCCAGGGAGGAAAUGUGACUCUGCAGCUAAGCCGGUCCCAGAGGAGGAGUCUUGCAACACACACGCAUGUCCACCUUUCUGGGAGGCCAGCGCUUGGUCAGAGUGCAGCGUGUCAUGUGGCCCCGGCAUGCAGCAGCGUCAGCUCCAGUGCAGACAGAGCUUUGGCAACCGCUCCACCAUGGUUCAUCCCCAGCGUUGUGCCAAUCUCACGCCGCCUGAGUCUACACAAGCCUGCCAACUCCAGCUGUGCUCACACUGGGAGGUCAGCUCUGAUUGGAGCACGUGCUCAGUGGACUGCGGGCUGGGCAGUAGGACAAGGAGCGUGCGUUGCGUCAGUGAUCAAGGCGGCGUCGUCAGCGAUAAAGAAUGCAACUCCAGGAUCCAGCCGAUGGGGAGCGAGGAGUGCAACAUGGGGCCCUGCGUGACCAACUGGUACUCGUCUGCCUGGUCCAGCACGUGCUCGGCACAAUGUGGUCCAGGCGUGCAGAAGCGGGAGGUGGUGUGUCUGACACGCGGGGGCCUCCGAGAGGGCGAGGGAGGCGGGGCCUGUGUCGGGGACAAACCAGCGGAGAUGAAAGCCUGCAACGGGGGUCCGUGUGUGUCCAUCACCAUGUGGUACAGCAGCCCAUGGACGCAGUGCAACGUCCCGUGUGGAAAUGGAACUCAGCGAAGAGAAGUAAUUUGUGUCCAGAGGAGCGGGAACGAUUUCACGGUGGUCCCGUCUGCGGAAUGUGUUCAGAUGGACAAACCCUCAGCUGUGCAGGAGUGUGAGAUGGGAGCGUGUCAAUCGCAGUGGUUCACUACAGAGUGGAGUGCAUGCUCGCGCUCGUGUGGGAAGGGUCUCCAGAUGAGGGAGGUGCGCUGCCUGACGCCAGACAGGAAGCACGCUCCCAACUGUGACGCCCACGUGAGGCCAGAACAGGAACAGACCUGCAACAUCUCACCUUGCAGCCCACACGUCACAGACGAGAACUGCAGGGACCGCCGGCACAACUGCGUGAUGGUGGUGCAGGCCCGACUCUGCGUCUACUCCUACUACAAGAGCGUGUGCUGCGCCUCGUGCACGCACAGCGCCCAGCGGGCAAAGAGACACUGACCGGAGGUCAAAGGUCGCGCGGGGCAGAGUAAAGAGCGCCUGUCUCGCAUUCAGUCCCUCUCUUCCAGGUGUGAACAUUUUUUACAGCGUGUCAGGUGAGACCCGACCUCCUUCCUCAUCGCUUUCGAGAGAGUCCUCCUCACCUUCCGGGAUCUCACAGGGGGAGGCGUGUCACGCACACCAGGGGGUGGGACUCUUGGGGGCACUGAACGAUUCCUGGGGUGAAGAUUCGAUUCAGCACGAGUCUUGAUUCAAACCGAUUCGCUCAAUGUAUUAUCCCAAUGUUUUUUUCACCAAGUGCAACCUCAAAAAACACUUUUCUCUCCAAGUACCACCAUAAUGACCAACAUCAAAACACAGUAGCGUAGUGGGCCUAAGUAAUCAUCAAAAACAAGGCAAUUAUAUUUAAUAUUUUUGGCCACACAUUUUGAACAGUAACACUGUGUUUGAAUACUUAAAUAAGUGACUCUUUGGCUACCACUAGUUUGAGAAUCACUGUAUUCUUUGGUGUAAUAAUUAUAAUGAAGCUUUUUCAAAACAGGUACAGGUUAGAAAAGCUCAUUCUGGUGGCCCUGAGAUGCCGACAAAUGUAUUUUUAAAAAUAGUUUUUUAGUUUAAAUAUAUAUUUUUCGAAAAGGAUGAAUCGAUUUAGAAUCGGGAUGAAUAAGAAUCGCAAUUCAAAUGCACACCACUCACUCUGAAACGAGGCACAAAGUGUGCGCAAGGACCUAGCAGACUAGGUCCACAGUACUGUCGGUACAGUAUUCCUUCAUUCAGCCACAUUGGCUUGACGCGCGACGACUCUCCAUGUUUGUUUGCCAAAAAAAAAAGAAAAAAAAAGUUCCCUUUGCCCUAAGUUCAGUACAGUUUGUUCAAAACCACCAAAGUACAGUAAUGUGGUGAGUGUGGCAGGAAGUGACCAAAUAUAGGCAGAAGGAAGCAGGAUAUUAACACACGUGAGUAGGCCAUUACGACACAUGAAUUACAUAGAGUAGUUAGAGUGUGAUAAUAAUUACACUAUUAUAAGUCUGCAGCAGGGGUGUCCAAAGUGCGGCCCGAGCUCAUUUUUUAUCGUCCCGCGGGUAUAGAUGGGUAGUGUUCACGUUAACGGUAGCAAUUUUUGAUACUUUAGUGUGUGUUAAUAAAUAUAAAUUGUUUUUGAUUUUAUUUAAAUCCCAUUUUUAUUGCAACAUUUAAAAAUGAGCUGAUGAUGAUAACACUUGUCCAGUUGUUACAUCUUCUUUUAUUAUCAUUUGCAAGUAUGACAUGAAGUUGUAAAUACAGUUGCAAGUCCAAGACGUUAGAUGGCAGUAGUGUAUAGUUUAUAGUGUGUUUUUUUGUUGCGCCGUACAAAGUGUUAAUACUGUAAGUAUUGUGAUUAUCACGCGCCAGCUGUUUGAUUGUGAUGCGAGUAUUCGUUGUAGUUUUCAUUAACAUAAUUUAAAAUCGCCAUGUAAAAUCGCUAAUGCUAAUCAAUAGCAAAGCCAAUGAGUAUUAGCAUCAAGCCAGCUCGUUUUUUUUUAAAUGUGGAACUUUACUCACGUUGGGGCAUUUUUGGAGUCCGUUGCUUUGUUGGCAUCGAGAAUUGCAACAAGUUUGGCGGAGUCCGCUCUCAGUGCUGCUGGAGUGAUCGCCAAGUGCCGCAGUCGGAAAAAACGGUUGUGACGUCACGCCCAACCCGGGUGCCGGCAACAUGGCACCGUUGGAUUUUACGUCAAUCGGUGCCCGGUAGGACCGGCGGGAUUCAGUCAGUGCCCCAAAUUAAAGUACCGGAUUUGGAACCCAUCCCUACAAUUGAAAAAUAUUACAAAGGAAAAGCAUACAAAGUGGAAUAAAAGAGCAAACAGCUGAAAUGUAACGAGAAAAAGUCGCAGUGUUGACUUAAAUAACACAAAGCUGUUUUUACAUUUAAAACUGGCAUUGCUCAAAAACAUAAUAAAAACGUAUAAUCUGAUCUGAAGUUGCAAGUAAAAAAUCAUAUAUAUUGAUUAGAGAUGUCCGAUAAUGGCUUUUUUGCCGAUAUUCCGAUAUUGUCCAACUCUUAAUUACCAAUUCAGGGUGUAUAUUGUAGCGUCCCGGAAGAGUUAGUGCUGCAAGGGGUUCUGGGUAUUUGUUCUGUUGUGUUACGGUGCGGAUGUUCUCCCGAAAUGUGUUUGUCAUUCUUGUUUGGUGUGGGUUCACAGUGUGGCGCAUAUUUGUAACAGUGUUAAAGUUGUUUGUACGGCCACCCUCAGUGUGACCUGUAUGGCUGUUGACCAAGUAUGACUUGCAUUCACUUGUGUGUGUGAAAAGCCGUAGAUAUUAUGUGAUUGGGCCGGCACGCAAAGGCAGUGCCUUUAAGGCACGCCCCCAAUAUUGUUGUCUGGGGGGAAAUCGGGAGAAUGGUUGCCCCGGGAGAUUUUCGGGAGGGGCACUGAAAUUCGGGAGUCUCCCGGGAAAAUCGGGAGGGUUGGCAAGACUGGGCGACGCAACUGCUCUGUACUUCUCCCUACGUCCGUGUACCACUCCGUACAGCGGCGUUUUAAAAAGUCAUACAUUUUACUUUUUGAAACAGAUACCGAUAAUUUCCGAUAUUACAUUUUAAAGCAUUUAUCGGCCGAUAAUAUCGGCAGUCUCAUAUUAUCGGACAUCUUUAAUAUUGAUGUAUGACUUAUUUCCAACAAUUUUAUGAGUGAGUUUUUAUCAUGAACUUGUUCAAAAAUGAAUAAUGAAUCAAAAUCAAGGUUAUGAAUUAUUGACAUAUUGAAGGCUCCAAUUGCUUCACAUCAAAUAUUCCACUUUGAGCAUUUUGGGGGGUAUUGGAUGUUUUGUGUUUUUGCCACAAAAUGUUCUUUAACAAAAAGGGCAUAAACCAGGGGUGGAGAAAAUGGGGUGGAGAAAAAUCUACUCCCAAGCGGGCAUGACUGGUAAAAUCACGGCACGAUAACUUCAAAAUAAAGACAACUUCAGAUCGUUUUCUCUGUUUAAAAAUAGAACAAGCACAUUCUGAAAUUGUACAAAUCAUAAUGUUGUUGGUUUUUUUUUUACACUUACAUGUUGCGGUUAAUAGUAUUCUAUCUUUAUUUGUCUUAAAUGAUGUGAUAAUGUUCAUCAGUCAACUCAUUGGUGUUGAUUUUCAAUCUAUCAAGAUAAAAUUACAGGAUGUUAUUUAUGUUUGAUCAUUUUCCUCUACUGUUGCACUAAUAUCAUGUGGGGUUUUUUUUUUUUACAUAUGUAGCAUCAUCUACAAAGAAUUGCUAUUGCGACAUCUAGUGGACACAUUUAGAACAGCAGUUUGUUUCAUUAAAAAAUUUCGGCUCAUUUUUAUACUUAGCAAACUCAUCCCGCGGGCCGAGUAAAACCUGUUCGCGUGCCUGAUAAACCAUUAAAAAAUAAUUCAAGUUUUGUCACUGGGUAGAUCUGAUGUUGAUCUAUAGAUAUUGUAAUGUUGAAAGUUAAAAAAAUAAAGAAUACAUGACUUAUAUUUAACUUCAAUGACUGGGACCCGUUUGGGUGCAUAGGACCUUUACAGUCACCUAAAUUGAGGGGAGCCCCAAAUGGUCGUUUUGGAAAUGAUAAAUAUCAAAGUGGCCCAAGCGUGCUUUCAUUUGUCAGUUUUGGACACCCCUGUUCUGUUUCAUGUUUCACCCCUUUAAAGGGGAACUGCACCCUUUUUGUUCCUAUUGUUCACAAUUAUUAUGCAAAACAUGACCACACAUGUCUUUUUUUUUUCUUUUCUUUUUUUUAGAAUUUUAAAGAUGGUAAAAAAAAAAAACACUUGAUAGAUGCGACUAAUGGAAGUUAGUGUUGUAGCCUUCAAAGCCUCCAUUAAAGUUUUAUAUACACACUGCAAGUGUAUAUAUAUAAUGUAGUAACACACACCUUCAUAACAAUAUGUAACAUAUUCAAUAUUUACCGUAUUUUGAUCAUUUUAAUCAUUUCUUCCGCGCAUUAAUUUCUGUUUCCGUAGCAGCGCACUUCCGACUUCCGGGAUCAAACACACGCGCGUUUUCUAAUCAUGGCAGACUUGCUAACAGACAACAAAGAUGACUAUUUUUGGAUACAUUAUGAUCUACAACCUAGCUAAGUAUACUGCUGCUUAUAGAAGCCAGCAUAAAGGGAGCAGACGGAAGCCGAGAGAGGGAGAUGAAAGCGACUUUGACACUAUAAAUAUGGAACUUGGAGCCAAGCUAUUUUGACAUAAAUGGAUUACUUACCCAAAAUCAACAGGAAACAUCCCCAGAAGACAAACAACUGUCUAUGGCAGGGGUCCCCAAACUACCGGAUCCGGCCCGCCAGCGUCCAAAAUUCGGCCUACAGGAAGUCCCAAGUUUUUAAAAAAAAAUUCAAAUUUUUUAUUUACUUAUUUUUUAAUCUGUCAUUUCGAAUCCAUUUUCUUCCGCUUGUUACUCUCGGUGUCUCCUCGCCGCUCAGGCAAAUCAUAUUGUCUAAAACUAUAUAUAUAUAUAUAUAUAUAUAUUC